AAAGGGACGGUCUUUGAGGACUGUUUUCGGGAGGGGACGCUGUUAUUUUGUGUGUUUCUUGAUUUGUCCUCCUUUUUGAAGUUGUUCCAGGACGGUCCGCCCUGACUGAGCUCAGGCGGAGAUUAGAGGAGCUGCUCGAGAUGAAGAUGUGUCUCUGUGGUUGUCUGCAGCAGGAAGAUGGAUGGAGAGAAAACAGAGUGCAAGUGUAACUGGUGCCUUCACGAAGUCCCAAUUCAAAGGAUUGUAAUGCAAAGUGAACACAGCCUGUGGAUGCAUCUGUUUCUCUGUGGCAGACUCUGGCUGUGGAUGAUGUGAAGUAAAUGGAGGUGCAGGACAGAAGCUGCUCGCCGUCUCGCAGAACCAGUCGAGUGGAGCAGGUAGUGGGUCGAUGGCUGAGACGGUCCCGAGAUUUGGGCAACAGGUCAAACUCUCAGGACAGGGACAAACUGGUGGUGGACGGCAAAACAGCCGAGUCCUCCAGCGGCUAUGACCACAGGAAUUAUCCCUUCCGCUUCAACGUUCAGAUCAAGCGCGACCCAAAGAUCAACUCUCAUGGGCUCAUCCUCUCCUCCCAGACCCCCAUCCUGGUGCAGGAGGUUCUCCCAGAUGGUCCCGCAGAUGGUCGGCUCGUCCCCGGGGACCAGCUGGUGAAGAUCAAUAACGUCGCUGUCGAUGAUCUGACCCCAGAGCAAGCCGCUGAAAUAAUCAGGGACUGUCAAGAUACGCUGACGAUGACGAUCCUCAGGACGAUGCUGGGUCCAAAAUCAUCAUUCAUCACACCAGAAAAGAGAGCCAAGCUCAAAUCCAAUCCGGUGAAAGUUCAUUUUGCUGAGGAGGUUGAAGUCAAUGGACACUCUCAGGGUAACUCGCUGCUCUUCCUGCCAAAUGUUCUGAAGGUUUAUCUGGAGAAUGGGCAGACCAAAGCCUUCAAAUUUGAACCAAAUACCACAGUCAAGGACCUUGUGAUGACGCUGAAGGAAAAACUUUCUCUGAGUCGUAUUGAACACUUCGCCUUGGUCCUGGAGCACCAGCACAGCGUGACUAAACUCUUGCUGCUACACGACGAGGAGAACAUACAGCAGGUAGUCGAGAAGAAAGAGUCUCAUGACUACAGAUGUUUGUUUCGUGUUUGUUUUAUGCCCAAAGAACCUCAGCACAUGCUGCUGGAGGAUCCUGUUGCCUUCGAGUACCUCUACCUGCAGGGGGUGAAUGAUGUGCUGCAGGAGCGUUUUGCAGUAGAGAUGAGGUGUAACACCGCACUACGACUUGCUGCACUGCACAUCCAGGAGCGGCUGGCGAGCUGUGGACUAUCACCAAAGACCAACCUGAAAAUGAUCACGAAGACCUGGGGCAUUGAGAACUUUGUGUCGUCCACUUUACUGAGAAACAUGCGAGAGAAAGAUCUGAGGAAAGCCAUCAGCUACCACAUGAAGAAGAGUCAGUCGCAGCAUGAACCCAAGCAGAAGGGCCUGACGGUGGACCAGGCGAGAAUAAUCUAUCUGGAAGAGUUGAGUGAUCUGAAGUCCUUUGGUGGGAAGUCCUUCAGCGCCACCAUGAUGCUCCAGGACAGGGAGUCCACCGUGACCCUGCUGGUGGGUGCACGUUACGGUGUGAGUCAGGUUAUCAACCACAAGCUGAGCAUCUUGUCCACCCUCACCGAGUUCUCCAGCAUCACGCACAUCGAACUGAUGCCAGAAUCGGAACGGGUCAGUCUGGUCAAAAUCUACCUCCAGGAUAUCAAGCCCAUCACACUGCUGUUGGAAACGGCAGCAGCCAAAGAUAUGUCCUGUCUGAUAGCAGGCUACUGUCGAGUUUUUGUUGACUCCAACCUCAACAUCUUCCCUUGGAUCGAUAAUUCGAAGAAGUACAGAAUCUCCACUGAGGAAGGAUAUGUGUCCCGGUGUGGAAGCGAUUCCGAUGACUCUUCUGAACUGCACGUAGAAGCGCUGCUAAAGAGAGAAGAGAAAUUCUUGCCCCAUGGCAGAUCAUCUUCAGACACAGACAGGAGAAAAAGAAUGGAGAGAGAGAGAAGAAACAAAGACAGCGAUGAAACAAGGAAGGAUAAGAAACAAGCAGAAGAAAAGGAUGCUGACACUGAAAAGGAAAACCUGCUGCCAGAAGAGAAUUUUGCAGGUAACACUGCUGACACAGAGCACAAGGAGAGAUCAGAGGAGAAGGAGGACAUGAUGGUGGACAGAGCAGACGAUGGUGGAUGGAUACAGAUUCAGGUAACAGAUAGUGAUUCAAAGAACAUGAGCCAAAUGGAGAGGGAAAAUGCUGGGCAAGAAGAUCAGAUGGAAAGAGGCCAAGUGCAAACAGCAGAUGAUCAGCCAGUAUCAGAAACUUCAGAUUCAUUUCGAACCGACUCUCAUGUCCUCACCAGCCACUCUUGUGACUCUCUUGAUGCUCUGGAGGAAGAUGAUUUAAUUUCAUGUUCUUCGUCCUCCAUCCACCCAGAAGCUCACUCACAAGCGUCUCUCCGCGCUCAUGCUUGUCUUCAGAUUCAUCCUUACACACAGAGUCACGCUCAGCCCCACCUCCUUACCCCUCCCCCUGACCACUCGCACCCCCUCAUCCAACUCGCACCUCAUGAUGUCUUUGGCGACCAAUGGGGACCUGAGGAGGGAGGAAGAGACUACAGGUCAGGCGAUGGAGAUGAUCCACUACUUAUCACACCUGAUUCCACCUCCGAGAGCCAUGUUGACACAUGUUCAUUCAACCCUUGUCCCGACAACAGCUCACUCUGUUUUGCCGAGUUGUCCCGCCUUGUGGAGUACCUGCCAAGUCCUCCAGAAGCAAGCGAGGAUGAGGAAGACGAAGAGGAAGAGCUGAGGAGGAGGAGGAAAGUCCUGCUGGAGAACGAUGAAGCUGCGAGGAGAGCAGAAGAAGGAAGCCCAAGCAAAGAGUGCGCUUUGACAGAACAUCCGCUGUCCCCGCCUCCCUCCUCCCCAUCCUGCCACGUGGACUUCGUGUUUAACUUUGAGGAGAGUGAUGCUCGCUGCUAUUACAAACUCUGUUCCAGCAUCACCCCUGACAGUGCACGCAGCCUUCCUCAGCCCCCGCGUAAUGACGAGAAGGAGAAAGAUGAGCAUGCAGAUGAGGCUGCAGACCUGGAAGCUAUCCCAGUACUUCAGCCUCCACCUGGUUUUGGAGACAGCAGCUCUGAAGAUGAGUUCUAUGAUGCCAGAGAUCGCUUCACCUCACCUGAAGACUCGUCCUCAGGGGGUUUUCCGAGAGAUUUUUGCACAAAGCGAAAGCUGGAUGUCCUAAACACGCUCGGCGUCAGUGACAUUAGGACCUCGUUGGGAGAUGAAGAUAGAGAUACGGAUGCAAAAGAAGAUAUAAAACCAGGACAAGAGGGAGGAGGAGCAACAGAAACAUUGCUCCAGCUCAGGAAGAGAUCCCGGAAGCGACGUUCUUUUAUGGAAACAGAGUACACUUCUAGGGUGUCGUACCCACAACCUCAAUGGAAUUCAAGGCAGGGCCUUCUUCGUACAAGGCAUCAAAGGGCUUUUUUGACAGAAAACACUGAUGCCCAAAUGCUCAGUUCAGAUCCUGAACUUUUGGUGCAAAUUCAGGAUUCAAGUCCUACUGUUGCUUCGCUGACUCACUCAGAGUGGGAACCAGCUCAGCUUGAGUCCAAACCCAUCCUAGCCACAUCUUCUUCCAGGGAACCAGGGUCUACUUGUGGCUUGGCAUCUCAGGACCAGAUUAGAGAUGCACAGGCUCUCCCAAAGACCAGGAAGCAAGAAAUGGAGAUGGAACCUGACUCCAUGGAAUCCAAAUCACUCACUGAUUUUGUGAAGCCAGUGUCUCCUGCUAUCACCGUUGUCCGUUGCCGGGUGGAUCCAGAUGGGAAGGAGAGUGCUGAUCGGAGGGGUGAUGGAAAAGAGGAAGUACAAGGAGAGGAGGAGAUGGGUGAAAGAAAAGCUGAAGGACAAACAGAAGAAGAAGGCAAUGUGCUGUUGUCUAGUAAUAUGUUUUUGCCCGAGGUUAUUGUUGGAGGAGAUAAGAGGGAGGAAGUGGGUGAGGAGCAGACAGAUGGUGUGAAUAUCUGCUCAUCCAAUUCAAAGAUACCAUUAAUUGGUGCUGAGAAGCCAUAUGAAUCAAAUGAUCCAGAGCAAAAUUUAAACAGCCAGGAAGAAAUGGCUGAAGGUAUGAGUGAAGACUUGAAGCUUCCAUCGUGCUUGCCACCACCGGCACCACCAUCCUCCCCUGUACCUCCAACUCCAGUUCAUCACAAUUCCUGCAGUGACUGUUUAGACAGAGAUGGAGAGAACACAGAGUACACGGUGUCCAUUUUGAACGAUGAGGAACUUGGUGAACACUGGAGUCUGGAGCCACCAGAUUGUGAACUGAAUCUCACUAGUGGCACACAUUUAGAAGCCCCUACCAGUGUUAAUGAGGAUGACGAGGCCAGUGUUAGUUCUACCAGAAAAAUGAGCGAGCAUGAUACCGAUAGCACAAACUCUGAUAACGUUUUUGAUGAUGAUGACAUGAGUGAUUUCUGUUUUAGUGAUGAGAAACCGCUAGGCAAAGAUGACUGGAUGUUAGAGUCAAAGAAUGGCGCCUGCGAUAUUUCAGCCGUAGUCGACAAAGUUGAGUCUGAAAUGAGUGAACCUUAUACCUGUUCAGAAGCAGGUGCAACAGUAACUUGUGUUAAUUCUGAUGAUGCUUCAGGUGUAGGUUUGAUCCGACCGAAAGUUGGAGCUGCAACAAAAGUUACGCUGCCUGCAUUUAAUUCAGAUUUAAGAAAGAUUAGUGAAGUUACACCUGAAAAUGCUUCAGUUUCCAGUCAAAUUAUAAAUGAAACCAGAAGUCAUUCCAUCAUGUCAUGUAUCAAAACUACAAAUAAUUUUGUGAAUCCAGAUUUAGCCAACAUUAACACAGUGAAGGACCACAGUCUGACCAAAGAGCAUUCUUCUAAUCCACAUUUUCUUUUCCAGACCUGUUCACCCAGCAUCAUGGGCCGCUUAUCUGUCUCCACACUCAGGGGCAAGAUUCAAAAGUUGCCUCUUUACUUAUCUCGCUCUCAGGAAAGCAUCAGCCAAACCAGAGAGGCACAUGUAGCCCAGAGUCCUGCUCAGGACAUCACAGUCAUAGCUACAGAUACUCAUGAUGUCACGCAAUCGGUGCAGUUUAAAAUGGUCGCAAAUGUGGAAUUACCUGAAUCUGAUGAAUCCGAUACAACGGUUACAGGCUCAGAGGUGGAAGGUGAGCUUUUCGUGCAAACAUCUUCAGCUUAUAGUUCUCAGUCAGCAGUGUCAGAGGUGAAGGAAGAGACUAACUGGAGAACAACGGCUCAUCAAAGCCUGCUGUCGCUUGUCCAGGAUGAGCCUGAACCACACCACAGAAAUCAGAUUCUGCACACUGGACCAAAUAAGAAUAUAACAGAGCCAAUAACAGAGCCUCCACGUUCCUUUGAUAGCAACCUCCAAAGAGAUACCUCAGGGAUAAAGUUGGACACUCCUGGCCCUGUGAGAAAUGCUCCAGAAUCACAGAGGAAAGUUGCCAUAACAAAUGUAGACACUCAAGGUAGUAAAAUGAGCAACCCUUCACCUUUCACCCCCCCUCUGCUAGUGGUGACCACUCAGAAUCUAAAUGGGACAGGACUCCCCCCUCACUGUCAGUCACAAAAAGUAAGCCAGAGUAGUAACGACGGGCCUUUAUUGGUCCUAUGCCGACCUCCAGAACAGCAUCCAGACUCACCAAAAACUCUUUCCAGAACAUGCAGCGUGACUGUCUGUGAGGACACAAGGUUGGAUCCCACCCCAGCGUUGAAGUCUGACUUUGUUUGCAGCUCAGUGCUAGUGUCUGGAUGUGAGUCACUAAUAGAGGGGGUGCAGAUGCCGCUGGAUGCCUGUGGAUGCCCGGUGGCCUACGGCAGCUGCUUCAAUGGUCCCGACAGCUUUGACGAUGAACUCACGGUCUAUGAGUUCUCUUGUCGGACACAGAACAACGACGUGUCACAGACAGGGCUUCCCCUCACGACCACAACUGCUGUUUCCUCUUUUCUCUCUACAUGCACUCCACCCCUAUCCUCCACACUUUCUCCAUCCUUUCCACACCGCAUCCUUUUUUCCUCAUCUACCUCUGAGCUCAGCCAUCUGCUCUCACCUUUGUCUGAGGCAUCUAACUGCUUCUUCUCCCAAAUGCACAAAGACAUUCUCAGACAGUUGGGCCAACAGCAUUACCCACCAGCCCCUGCUGGAUUCCAAGUACUUAGGGUGGAUGUGGACCAGCUUCUUUCGAUCCUAGAAGGCGUUGGUGUUGACCAAACUGUGGGAAGUCAUGGAGGGCGCCAUCCAAGAGACACCUGCCCUGCCCACUUUAUUGAGAACAAGCAGGUACUCCAAGUCAAGGCACGGCGGCUAACAGCAGGCUGCCAGAAGGUGGUGGGGGUUGGACAAAGCCCUGAGGAAAUGCUUCUCUCAGUGAGUCAGAGCUUCCAGACCCUUGUGGAGUUGGCUGCCAUAUGCCUGUGGUUCUCCGGUUGUGACCGAUGUGACCGGAGGAAUGCCGAAGCCGUUGCAGGUCUGGCAGACGUGGCUCGCUCAUUCAGGGAAUUCUGUCUUGCAGCAGAGCGCGCCAGCAGCAAGCGCAGCUGCCAGGACUUGAGCACCAAGCUUCUAGCGAAACAGUGCACAGCGCUCACCGCCUCUGUCUUCUGCCUCACUCAACUGUUCCGCACCCUGACUGCAUUAUGAGUGGAACACAACUGCUUGUUUGGGCAGCCUGUAAUGUCUAACCUCAAACACAUGGGGUCACCAGUGAGCCUCCAGCUACUGGACCUAGAGAGUGGUCCGGGACAGUGAGCAUGUUGAGGAUGAGCGGUAAAGCUUGAGACAAGUUACCUGGAGAUCACAUGACGCCUACAAUGACGCAAAAAUAUCUCCUAUAACAGCCGAUUAGGGACUUUUUUGGAUCAGCCUGUAAAGACCUGCUGCACCUUUGUGUGGUUAGUUAACAGAGAACAGAUUGAUUAGGUGCACAUGGUUCCUGACUGGAUGUGGUGCACAUGCACUUAGGUCCAUAUAUAUUUGGACUGACAAAGAUUUUGUAAUUUUAGCUGUCUACAACAGUGUAGCGGAUUUUAGAGCAAAUAUUGAGUGCAAGCACAAAGUGCAGACUGGAGGGUCACUAAAUCCAAAUUAGGUGACCAAUAUAGAAAUGAAUCUGUACGGUGCACCCAAAGGGCCAUGGUGGGAAUUUAUUUUUCAACAUCAUUUUGCUUUCCCUCUCAGUACUUUAGAGUUCUCUCUCAAUUGAUUUACAUUUUCUUGCAGCACUUUCAAGUCCCCUCGCAAAUAAUUCCAUCUCCGGAGACAUCUCCUUGUCCUCAGGAAAAUCCCUUCAUGUACACUUAAGUGGACAUUCUUUCUUCAAACGAGCAGACCAUGUCGCAUCCAUCUGUAUCUGUAAAGUUAUCCAGAGUGCAGCAACUGGUGACUACCAAAAAUCUACCAGACGACUGUAACGUUUUCUCUUCUCAGAAAUCUUUUUAGUUUUCUCUCGUGAAUUGCUAAAUGCUUUCUGUUUAGCAGUAAUACUUUGUCUGCAUAUUUAACGAGCUUAAAAAUACAUUUAUAUGACUGCAUCUAUUCUGUAGCAUCGUGCAUGAAGACUGAUUAAUUGAGACGGGAUGUAAUCAAUAAAUCGUGU